AUGAAAUCAUUAUCGGUAUCUAAAUACUAUAACAAUAAUAGUUUAUUGACUCCUGACAAACGAUUGGUAUCAUUUGAUAUUAUUACAGAGUAGAUAAACUACUUAAUCAACGUAAAAAAAAGAUGCGCUUUCUGUUUAAAGUUAUUUCUCUGAAUAAUCUUAUCUAAAAUCAGAGGCUUCGAAAAAGGAAAUAAUCAGAUUGAUUAAAUCCACUGUAGACAGUAUCCAUAAAAAUAUCGAUAUCAAAGAGUUGAAUAUUAUUUUGACCAAAUUGCUUGCAGGAUUGAGUUCUUGUAUCAAUGAGUAGGAUAUGUCCCUUAUAUUAAUUUAACUUAUACAAUCAAUCAAAUAAAUUAUUCAGAAUCAAAAAAUCUAUGAAAAGUAGGUAUAUGAUUAAGAAAAGGCUUAAUUGUUGAUUAAAUUAUAACAAUUAGAAUAAUAAUCUAAAGAGAACUAAUAGAAAUUUGGUAAUUCUGUUUUUUAUUUUAGAAAAUUAACUCAAAGAAUUCGAAAUACAACACAGAGUUUUAUAAUAUUAAGAUGAAUUAAAUCAAAUUAAGAAGAGUUAAGGUAAUAAAGAUAAUCUUAAUGAUCGCAAUAAAUUAAAAGACUAAAUUAAGGAAAUGUAAUAAAAAAUGCUAACAUUAUCAGAAAAGGAGCGUAAAUUAAUACAAUUAGUGAAAGCAGUUAAAUCUAGAGGAAUAGAUGUUGAAAAAAUAUAUAAGAAUUUAAAUAUAUACAGCAGUAAAAAUAGCAAGAGAACAAGUAAACAAUCCAAUUCGUAAGUUGAAGAUAUCUCAAUUACAGAAUCAAAUCUGGCCGAUAUAUCUUAAUUAGAUUAUAGUGUUGGCAAUAUUAAAAGACAUGCUAAAUUUGUAGUUGAUUGA